AUGCGUGUGUCGCAAGCUCCCCUGAGCUCGACGCUCGCCUUCUUGCUCGGUGCGAGCUUGACACAAGCUCAGUACCUCAUCAACGAGCUCAGUUUCGGCUACACUGGCAGCAUAUCGCCCAACAACGAUGGCCACGUUCCCAACUUUGUUCUCCAGGGACAACCGAACCACCCCGAGAUCCUCUCCAACAAGGUUAUCCUCACACCCGUCGCCCCUGGGAACCAGCGCGGCUCCAUCUGGAGCACCCAGAAGGUGCAGCACAGCAACUGGAUCGCCGACAUCGAUUUCCGAGCCAACGGCGGCGAGCGCGCUGGUGGAAACCUCAACAUUUGGCUCACCAAUGGCGGCUCCAACGACGUCGGCAUGAGCUCGGCCUACACCGCUGGUCGCUUCGACGGUCUCGUACUUGUCGUCGAUGGCCACGGCGGUACUGGCGGCAUGGUGCGCGGCUUCUUGAACGACCGCUCGACCGACUACAAGGCCCAGAGUGAUAUCAGCGGCCUUGCCUUUGGCCAUUGCCAGUACCACUACCGAAACCUCGGUCGCCCCAGCCAGAUCAAGCUGCGCCAGACCCCUAGCGUCUUCAAGGUUGAGAUCGACGGCCGCCUUUGCUUCGAGACCGACAAGGUCAAGAUCCCUCCUGGCUACUCCUUUGGUAUCACCGCUGCUAGCGCCGACAACCCGGACUCUUUCGAGAUCUUCAAGAUGGUCGUCAUGUCCGACUCGCUCCACGCCAGCGAGAACCAGCAGCAGAACCAGGGCCAGCAGCAGCAGCAGCAGAACCAGGGCCAGCAGCAGCAGCAGCAGGCCCACGAGCAGAAGGCCAACCAGGGCCAGCCCAACAACCCGCGUAGCGGCAACGAUGACUACGUCGACCUCAACGCUAUUCCCGAUUCCGCUGCCGACAGUAUCACGUCGUCCAAGGCCCAGUUCGCUGACCUACACAACCGCCUGCAGUCCGUCAACCAUCAAAUCGGCCAAAUCUUCCAGUCUGUGAACAAGUACGGCCAGCAUGCCGAGAACCGCCAUGCCGAAACUUCACAGAUUAUUGAUGCCCUCCGCCAGGAGCUCCGCAGCCUUCAGAAGAUCAACGACAUCGACGGCCGCAUCAGCGGCCUCGAGCGCGAAAUCCGUGCUAUGCGCACCGAUUUGAACCUGCAGAUGAAGAACACGGAGCACUCGCUCAAGGGUUACAUGAGCGAACACCACUCCACCCUGUCUUCCAACAUCGUCAAUGCCGCCCCUGGCCAUGGCAAACUCAUCAUGGUCAUUGUCGGCUCUCAGAUCGUACUCGCCGUCGGUUAUGUCUUGUACAAGAGGAAGAAGAACUCCAUGCCUAAGAAGUACUUGUAG